AUGUUUAGAUCAAGUGUAGCCAAGGUAGCAGCUCGCAGAGCUUAUUCUGCACCAAAAUCUAUGAAGAUUGGGUUGAUCCCAGGUGAUGGUAUCGGUAAAGAAGUCAUUCCUGCUGGUAAGCAAGUUUUAGAGGCUUUGGGUUCUAAGCAUGGAUUGCAAUUUGACUUUAUUGACUUGAAAGCUGGUUGGGAAGCUUUCCAGCAACAAGGUAAGGCUUUGCCUGAUGAUACCGUUAAGGUCUUAAAAGAACAGUGUCAAGGUGCUCUAUUCGGUGCUGUCCAAAGCCCUACCACUAAGGUGGCAGGUUAUUCUUCACCAAUUGUUGCUCUCAGAAAGGAACUAGGUCUUUACGCCAACGUGCGUCCAGUUAAAUCCGUAGAGAAGGGCAACGAUAGAAACGUUGAUAUGAUUAUCGUAAGAGAAAACACUGAAGACCUUUACAUCAAGACUGAAAAAACCUAUGUGGAUGAAGCUACUGGAACUAGAGUUGCUGAAGCCAUCAAGAGAAUUAGUGAGGUGGCCACCAGAAAGAUUGCUACUAUUGCCCUGGAUAUCUCUUUGCAAAGAUUGAAGAGCAGAGGUCAUGCUACUUUAACUGUUACUCACAAGUCUAAUGUGCUAUCUCAAAGUGAUGGUCUCUUUAGAGAGAUUUGCAAGGAUGUCUACGAGAAGAACAAGGACAAAUAUGGUGAAGUCAAGUACAACGAACAGAUUGUGGAUUCAAUGGUCUACAGAAUGUUCAGAGAACCAGAAUGCUUUGAUGUCGUAGUCGCACCAAACUUGUACGGUGAUAUCUUGUCUGAUGGUGCAGCCGCUCUUGUUGGUUCCCUUGGUGUGGUCCCUAGUGCUAACGUGGGUCCAGAAAUUGUUAUCGGUGAACCUUGUCACGGUUCAGCUCCUGAUAUUGCAGGUAAAGGUAUUUCUAACCCAAUCGCUACCAUUAGAUCUACAGCACUAAUGCUGGAAUUCUUAGGUCACCCCGAACCUGCUCAGGACAUUUACAAGGCUGUUGAUGCUAAUUUAAUCAAAGGAGACGUUAAUACUCCUGACUUGGGCGGUAAGGCCACCACACAACAAGUGGUCGAUGAUAUCUUGUCCAAAAUUUAA